UUGAAAUCCAACAUGGCGGCCUUACCCCGUUAUGGAACCAUGUCCACAAUUUGCAGAAAGUGUGUGGGGCUAACUAACAGAUUUUGGCUUCGAUCUUCGCAGGCCAAUGCAGUUAGUAUUACUCCAGUCAGAUGGCUGAAUCUCCAAGAAUUCCAGAGCAAAAAAUUAAUGGCAGACAAUGGUCUUCAUGUGCAGCGAUUUAAAGUGGCAGAAAGUGGUAAAGAGGCAGUUGCAAUUGCCAAGGAACUGAAUGCUAAAGAAUUUGUACUAAAAGCACAAAUCCUUGCUGGUGGAAGGGGCAAGGGAACAUUCACCAGUGGCCUUCAAGGAGGUGUUCAUUUGACAUCAGAUCCAGAAAAAAUUGGUGAAUUGACAGACCAGAUGGUGGGAUACAACUUAACAACAAAACAAACACCUCCUGAUGGAGUGCUUGUGCAAAAGGUAAUGGUAGCAGAGAGUUAUGACAUUUCACGCGAGACCUAUUUAGCCAUUUUAAUGGACAGAGGUUAUCAAGGACCUGUUAUUGUGGGAAGUCCUAAAGGUGGUGUAGAUAUCGAGGAAGUCGCAGAAAAAACACCUGAACACAUACACAAGGUUGCUGUUGACAUCUUUAAGGGGAUCACUGACGAAGAUGCAAGAUACCUUGCGGAGAAAUUAGAAUUUCAAGGACCUUUGUUAGAAGAAGCCGCAGAACAGAUAAAGGCACUUUAUAAGCUGUUUCUUAAAGUCGAUGCAACACAAGUAGAAAUUAAUCCUUUUGGUGAAACACCAGACGGAAAAGUUGUUUGCUUUGACGCUAAGUUCAACUUUGACGACAGUGCCAAGUUCCGACAACAGGAAGUGUUUGCAAUGGAUGAUCAGAGUGAAAGCGACCCACGAGAGGUGGAGGCUGGAAAGUAUGACCUGAAUUAUAUUGGCCUGGAUGGAAACAUUGCCUGUCUUGUGAAUGGCGCCGGGUUAGCGAUGGCAACUAUGGACAUCAUCAAACUUCACGGGGGUACCCCAGCGAACUUCUUAGAUCUUGGGGGUGGAGUGAAGGAGGAAGGAGUCUUUCAAGCUUUCAACAUUGUAACAAAGGACCCUAGAGUAAAAUCUAUUUUGGUGAAUAUAUUUGGCGGCAUCGUCAACUGUGCCACCGUAGCAGAUGGAAUCACUUCAGCGUACAAAAAACUCAAGGUUAAUGUUCCUGUAGUGGUGCGUUUAGAAGGUACAAAUGUGGAAGAGGCCAAAAGAAUUCUCAGAGAUAGUGGAAUGCCGUUGAUCCCAGCAGAUGAUAUGGAUGACGCGGCCCAAAAAGCAGUCACAAGUCUUACGAACUAACGUCUGUUUUUGGACCAGUUAGUUACCAAUCCUUUAACCUCUUGCGCUAAAAUCGCAGGGUCCUCGAUCGAUGGGUGGAUGUAAGUCGUGCGCAAGAAGGCCUAAAUGAUUAAAAAAAAUUGAGGACAGACUCUAUGGUCAGAGUAUGAACGUUGUGCCUGGUACAUUGUUUGUGAAUAAUACAUGGCUUGGAUUAGAACUUUGAAA